AUGGAAUGCGAACAAAGGAAAAGUGAAAUUAGGAACAAAUCCGCCCUGAAGAAAAACAGAAGUCGGUCUGGAAGUAGCAUAUUUAGCUGUACUAAAGGACAACGGGAUGAUUCUAUAUCUGUUGACAAUUUGGAACAUCAGUUGGAACUAAAAUCACGAGAGAAUGGUGAACUGAAGAGACAGAAUGACGAAUUGAAGAAACAGGUUAAAAAAAUGGAGAAAACAUUUAUGACCAUGAUGGAAAAGAUGGAAACCACCGUGAUAUUACAAAAUUGUAAAAAUGUGAUGAUGAAGGACGACGGCGUAUUCCUCGUGGAGGAAACUAUGGAUACUACAAAAUUAGACCUGUACAUAGAAACGGUAACCAAGGCCCUCAACAGUGCUGCGGAGGAAAAGAGCCAGUUAGAGGUCAACGUUCGACGUCUAGAAGAAUCUCUUGACAACGUGGAAAGCAAAGUCAACGUGAUGGAGUCUCACUUCAGUGAUCUCAAUGCAAAACUGACACGAGAUUUCGCCAAGGUCGCCAAACAGUUGACACAACACAACCUGGACAUUGCUGAUCAGUUUAGCAGUUUGAGGACAAUAUUCCAAAGGGCUCAAAGAAGUAGAAAUCUGGAGACUGCAGAAGGAGAUGAAAGUCGGAUAAUUGAGGAAGGGAUCAAUUCCAUACGAAACUGGAGUAAACCAAACAUGGCGGUGACGGCUUCUACACUUCCGGUUCCUGCCGGAAAACUUAACAAGAUGCUCACAGAAAAAUAUGGUAAGGUUCCCGUGCUGUUGGAGCAGCUAUUCACGUCCAGUUCCGAGGGUUACUACAAUUCUAACGACACCUUCGAUAACACAGUGGCUCGGUGGAUGGUAGGAUGGGUGCGUAACAGUACAGAAAAUACGGCAGACCUUCUACAAAGGGAACUCAACGAUCUCUACGUUGUCACUGACAAUGAAGGCUGA